AUGUCGGAGGAUACUACGGAUAAAAAUGAGGAACAUAGCGUGCUGAAGCCUGAACCUAAUCACAAGACCCGCUCCACCGAGCCAAUGUCCGGCGAUGAGGUAAGGGUAGGAGGGGUAUAUCAGCCUUAUUUCGUAUUUUAGGUAAGAAAACUUUACUUUUGGGUCAAAAAGAAUUCUACAAAGGCAUCAAAAAAGUCUUGGCGUAAAUUUUCGUUGUUUUGCAGGUUCAAAAACGACAAGACUUUUGUUACCCUAUCUAUUUUGUAUUUUAGGUAAGAAAUGAUGGUAGUUAGCUAAAAUUAGGUAAGAAAUAAGAAUCUAUAGCUAAAAUAACUAGUUUUAAGGUUCAGUUAACUAAAUUUAAUAAGUUAAAACAGCUUGCUUCAGCAUACGGUAUCUACAACGGAAUCGACAUUAAGUGGACAACCGGAACCUCAUGUGCAUGUAAAGAAGUUCAUCUUAACCACAUCAACUCGGGGUUCUAAGGUGAGCUUUUUUCAUUCUAAAGUGGUUUUUUUCAACUUUAUCUCAACUUAUUAUGUUAUUCAAAUAAUAAUGUGCCCCUUCUGAAACCUAAAUUUCGUGAUUAGGGUGCUCAAAAUUAUUUGAACAACCUAAUAUUAAAAAAUUUUUAAAAUUCGAUUUAUUGAAAUUUUAGCCGAUUUUUCAAUUUUUAAUUUUAAAAAUAAAAUUUUUCGAAAUAUUUUUUGCCAUUUUUCUCAAGCUUCGAAUUUCCAAAAUGAAAUUUUUUUUCAAAAUCAUUUUCUACGAAAAAAGGUCUGUCAUGACAUGUCGCGUCAACCCCGUCAACUUGUACCUUUUAAGCCCAACGCCCAGGUAGACGCCGACUUCAAAGACAAUUUGCGGAAAGCCGAAGAAGCCAUCAAGCACGACGUCUUCCCCGAGCUGAUCCCAGCCGGCAGUUCAGGAUCAUACUUUGUUCGAGCCAAGGAUGGUGCUUUCCUGGCCGUUUUCAAGCCUAAAGACGAGGAACCGUUCGCUUCUCUCAACCCCAAAUGGCCCAAGUUCUUUCAACGGAUCUUAUGCUUCUGCUGCUUUGGCCGCGCCUGUUUGAUACCGAAUAAUGGGUACUUGAGUGAGACUGGGGCUUCGUUGUUGGAUGAUCGGCUAAAGGUGGGUUGUUAUUGGUUGGAAUUUGAGGAAAAACAUUUUAAAAUCUUUUAAUUUAAGGAAAAACAUGGUUUACAUCUUUGAAAUACCAAAAAAUAUUGAGUGUAAAGUUCAAAUUAGAUUGUUUUAGAUUUAUAAAGUCGAUAAGACUUGUUUUAUAAAUUUUAGGUAUUAAAAACGUUGUUUUAAGUGUUCAAACUUAAAAAAACAUUAUUUUUAAUAAUUGAAGCCAAGAAAAAUGUUAUUAUAGGCACUUAAAACAUUGAAACAUUGUGAUUUUAUAAAUUUUAGGUAUGAACACAUAUUGCUCUAGUUGUUUAAACUUUGGGAACAUUAUUUUUAACAAUUGAAGCUAAGAAAAACCUUGUUUUAGGUAUUUGAAAACCUUGAAACACCAUUGUUUUAGAGAUUUUGAUAUGAAAAGCAUUGUUUUAGGCGUUUAAACUUUGAAAAACAUUGCUUUCAACUCUUGAACUAUAGAAAAAACCUAUUUUUAGGUAAUAUAUUUACAUUUUUUAUGUUUUUGUAAAUUGAAAUCGACUCUUUUAAACUUUUACAAUUCAAAACACAUUAAACUUGCCCCAUUUCAGCUAGGAAUAGUGCCAAAGACUCGUCUAGUCCGUCUCUCAUCGCCCACCUUCAGCUAUUCUCGUCAUUGUUGUGGUCAGAAGCGAGAUAAGUCCCCGAAGGAGGGUAGUUAUCAACUCUUUGUACAUGGCUAUCGAUCAGCGACAGAAGUGUUUGUGGAAUGGAACGAUAAAGGCAUCUCGAAUGUGUUGACGAACGAAGAACAAGUUGAGUUCACGAUCUUGUUCCAAAAGCUGGUCAUUCUGGACUACCUGAUUCGAAACACCGACCGACACAUGGACAAUUGGCUGAUCAAACAUAUCCCGGGGAAGGAGUUGAAGAUAGCGGCGAUUGAUAAUGGACUCGCCUUUCCUGUUAAGCAUCCGGAGAGUGCCAGCCGGUUUAGAAAGUUUCCGUUUGGGUGGAUCACUUUGUCAUGGGCGAAAAAGGUAGGGUAAUAUAGUUUUGAGCAUGGCUUCUAAAGGUACGGAGCCGGCUCCGGAGUCUAAGCAAGAAAGAUAAUUUGAUGUACUGAAGGGUAGGGUAGAAAAAUCAAAAAAUUUUUUUAAAAUGAGUUUUUAUUUUUUUAAUUUUCAGCCAUGGGACCCCAAGUUAAUCGAGUAUUUCCUCUCACUGUUAACCCCGAAGAACGUUCACUAUCUAUGUGUUGAUCUGAAAAUGUUGUUCAAGCACGGUUCCAGUAACGGUCAGUUGAUCAACAAUCAACUUCGUGUAUUCCGAGGUCAGGUGUGGAAUCUGGUCGACUCGCUACGACGAGAAGAAUCUCCAUUUGAAUUGUCGAAACGAACCCCAGUACUAUUGGCCCGAAGGUACUCGAGCUCCGUACCCAACAGUGGCAAUUGGAGAGACUGGUACCGUAUGAAGGAGAUCGAUUACAGUAAUCAAGCGUGUUGUUAA